CAUAUCAGGGGCCACCACACUGCUUUUACACCCACUACUCUUUUCCAUUCUCACCCGAUUUGGUUUUUCACACUCCUCUAAGAAUGAAAAUAAUUCAACUGAUAUGAGAUGAAGGAGGUCGAACCAGUACAAUACACACAUACUGCUUCACUGCUGGUUUCCCUUCUGAGCACCAGGACUGGUACAGUUGCAGAACUUUAGAAGGAUCCAUCACUCACUUACCGUCCAGAGCCCGAGAAUGACCAAUAUCGCAAUUAUAAGGAUGGCCCUCUACUGGACAGAGUGAGAAAGACAUACACCUUGAUGCACACGUACCAGACCGUACAGUUUGUGAAAGAAAAGCAUGUACAAUGGGGUUCAUGCACUCACAGGAAAAUGAGUGUGAUGGACGCACUUAGUUUGUUGGAUAAUUUGGUUGAUGAAUCUGAUCCUGAUGUGGAUUUUCCAAACUCUUUCCAUGCAUAUCAAACAGCAGAGGGCAUCCGUCGCAUUCAUCCAGAUAAAGACUGGUUUCAGCUGGUUGGUUUGCUUCAUGAUGUUGGAAAAAUUAUGGCCCUGGAUAAUGAACCUCAGUGGUCAGUGGUCGGAGACACCUUCCCAGUGGGAUGCAAGUUCCAAGAAUCCAUUGUGUUCAGUGACACCACAUUCCGAGACAAUCCAGACACAAAGCACCCAAUAUACAGCACCAAAUAUGGAAUUUACAAGCCAAACUGUGGUCUAGAGAAUGUGCUUAUGUCAUGGGGCCAUGAUGAGUACCUGUUUAAAGUGCUUAAGUUUAAUAAGAGUUCCAUUCCUGAAGAGGGUCUUUACAUGAUUCGGUUUCAUUCAUUUUACCCAUGGCACACAGGGGGAGAUUACCAGCAUCUCUGCAAUGAUAAGGACCAUAGAAUGUUAAAUUGGGUGAAGGAGUUCAAUAAAUUUGACCUAUAUACAAAAACUGAGGACCUCCCAGAUGUAGAGCUUCUACGACCAUAUUACCAGGGGUUAAUAGACAAGUACUGCCCUGGUGUUCUGAGCUGGUGAUUCCUACUCUUCAGGAGAUCAGAAGAACAUGAAUACAUUUCCUUGGCGCCUUUGCACACUUUUCUGUUCUACUUUUCUUACCAUUAUUCCACAGAAUUCUGCAUCUCUGAUAAAAAAAAGGGGGUUUCAUUUACAGCAAAACAUUUUUCCUGUUCAAUUAAACUUCAAUUCAUAAACAUUA